AUGUCGCUUAACACAGAAAAGCCUGACGAUACACGAUUGGACCAUGUCGAAGUUCACGACGAAGUCUCGGUCAGUGAUAAUGGGAGCUGGACUUUGAAGAUCACACGAGACUCCUAUUGGGAUAACAAAAAAGGGAUUGCUCUAUGCCUUCUGAUCAAUAUGGCUGUUUUCGAGUACGGAUUGGACCAAGGCAUGGUGAAUGGUUUUCAAGCAAUGCCCGGGUUUCUCAUGGACUUUGGAUAUGUUGACCCGAAGCUUCCUGGCGGCCUCGGAAUUUCGACCACCGUGCAACAACUCAUGGGCAGCCUGGUCUCCCUUGGCAUGUUUUUCUCGACCUUGAUCUCGGGUUGGAUUGCUGACAAGAUCGGCCGAAAGGGCGGCCUGUGGGUUGGACUCUUGAUCAUGAUCGUCAGCACCACUGUCCAGAUGACCGCCAUCAGCUUCGGUGGACUGUACAGCGGUCGUAUUUUGUUGGGAUUUUCGAAUGGAUUUCUUCUAGUCUGUUCACAGCUUUACAUGCAGGAGACCAUGCCCUCGAACCUCCGAUCGCUCAGUUACACUUUCUUCCAGUUCUGGAUCUCGUUCGGUACCCUCAUAGGUGCGAUAGUCAACAAUGCAACAGCCAAGCUAUUGAACAGAGCAUCCUACCGUAUUCCUCUGGGGAUUCUUUACAUCAUUCCUGUGAUCUUGGGAAUUGCGCUCUUGUUUCUUCCUGAAACCCCUCGGUAUCUGGCUUCUCGGAACAAACCAGUCGAAGCAGGGAAGGCUUUAAGAUUUCUGCGGGACUCGUCCUACAACGACAUUCAGAUCAAAGAAGAGAUGGCAGAAAUCACUCAUACCCUCGAGGUCGAUCGCGAGUUGGCUCAGACCAUCGGCUAUCGUGAGCUCAUCCGAGGCUCAAACUUGAAGCGCACGUGUACGUCUGUCGGCCUUGGACUUUUUUCGGCCGCCUCUGGAGUGCCGUUUAUCACACAAUACGGCGUAUACUUUUUCAUGUUGUCCGGAGACACGCAGCCAUUCCGCGAUGUCAUCAUCCUCGUCUGUUGCGGAAUAGCCGGUGUGAUGGCCACCCCUCUCUUCACCGGCAAAAUUGGCAAACGACCUAUCCUUAUGUUCGGCGGAAUCGUACAGGCUUUGUGUAUGUUGGGACUCGCCUUGUCAUACAGCGUUCGAGGGAUCGAUCCAACCAGCGGCAAAGUCAUCAUUGCGAUGUGCUGCAUAUAUCUCUUCUUCGCGUCGGCGACCACGGGACCAUUUGCCUGGCAAGUGGCGGGCGAAGUGCCCAACCAACAACUUCGAGGAUACACAUUCGGCGUUGCGGCUGCCAUAACAUACCUCUCAGGCUGGUCCAUCACGUUCACCAUUCCAUACUUUAUCAAUCCGACUGCGCUGAACUGGGGUGCCAAAUACGGGUACAUCUGGGUCGCGAGCAAUGUUUUGAUUACGGUCUUUACAUUCUUUGUCGUUCCGGAGACAAAUCUGAGAACACUGGAAGAGAUUGACGAGAUGUACAUGGCAAAGGUUCCUAUUCGCGACUUCGCUGAGUGUAUUUUCCUGCCGGCAAGUGAUUCCUGCGAAAAUUGCAACGCUCGCGGACUCGACUGCUUUUCUUCAAAUAAAAGGCGACGACGCACGGGAUAUGGGAGGCAUUCUCUGUCUUACACCCAAUCGCCACCUUUCAACGCGCCAUAUCCGCAAGCCGAAGAAGCUGUCACUACUGAUGAACAGACACGAUUGCGUCCUCAUCAGUCGCUCUCCAUCUUUGAACGAUCAUCAACGACUCAGUUCUCCGGUGCAGCGGCCGCUCUCGGCAACACAAAAAUUUCCAGUCCCGACAACGAGACGUACAUUGGCAGAGCACACUAUCUGGACCAUGAUACACCAUUUGAUGAGACACAGGCUCGCGAUGCCACAGUUUUCCAACAACGGCAACCCUCCAGAUCAGAAAAUGCUGUUCUUCAGCUCUUCAAUGCUUUCGAGAUGCCAACACGGGCGGUCUACCGCACUUUGCUCGAUACCUUUCUAACCUAUUGUCAACCUUGGACACCAGUCCUCACGCGUGGAGAAAUGGAUUAUAGCCAUCAGCAAACUCCACCAUACAUCCUCUGUCAAUCGAUGUUUCUGGCUGCAAGUCGGGUCUCGACUGCUCCAAGCAUAUCUUUCUUCGCGACACCCGACCACUUCUACCGGCGAGCCAAGGCGCUUUUCUUCAUGAACCACGAGCUUGACGCGUUGACGGUAAUAAAGGCUACCAUAAUGUUGCAGUGGUAUACGCCUGUGGGACCCGAGGAGGUUUCUUAUGAUGCAGGAGAAUUCUGGCUCAGAGUAGGUGUAGCCAUUGCUCUCCAGAUUGGUCUACACCGCGAGCCACCGCGCGGACCUACUGCUUCUGUGAGGAAAAGAGUCUGGUGGACUCUUAGGACGCGAGACGCGUUGAUGACGGUCGCCCACGGUCGGCCUCGGGCGAUUAAUAGAGAGGACACCAACGUGUCUCCUAUAGACCCUCGCGAUCUUCGCGAUGCCGCAGGAAGAGGCGACGGACAGUUAUUUGCCGCCUACACGACUAUUUGCUGCAUUCUUGGUGAUAUAUCAGAGACGUGUUCAAGAAAUAGCAUGACGCCAUCCAAGCAUAAAGAUUUCGAAAACCUUCUGCAUGCUUGGCCUUCCCAAGUUCCCGAACACCUGCGUUUUCCCCUCCGUGAAGUGAGCACGGAGACCUACAUGUCCUUGCAAUCUCAGCUUAAUCUUCGCCAGCUUCACCUUCCAUACCUCCUCAGUCUCGCAAUUGUCGGCCGUUCCCUCAAAAAUGAAAAUAUCUCGGCCCAACCUAUCAUUGCCGCCUCUUUCGUGGCAGGAAUCUUCAGGGAUUUUCUUGCGCGGGAUGAGAUCAAACAUCUUGCCCCAAUAUUUUCCCGAUACUGCAUCGCCUCUGGAUUCUUCCUGGCUCUGUCACAACCUCUCAACGAAGUUUGGACCGCUUGUCAGUCCGACAUGGAGAUUUUCCGCAGAUCUCUCCAGGAACUUAGUCGGCGAUGGAAUUCGGCGAAAUCGGGGCUGAGAGCUCUAGAACACUUCAUUUCUAUGCGUGACAAACAACCACGGCGGGCUUCGCAGAAAGUCGUGUGGCUUACCGAACAUCAGAUGAGAUUCUUCGACUGCUUUCCACGAGACUAUUGCGUCAUUUGGGACAGUCUUUACGAACACUGUAGACUCAAUUCCACGGCUACGGAUCAUUUUGACGGGACUGCAACAACGGACACGAACAUUCCAUUGUUUGACACAUCUGUUGACGAUGAUGUAACCUCAGAUCAUUGGGCUUUGAAUGACUUGGAUUUCGAACAAUUCAUGUGGACGAACGCUGAAGGUUGGGUUUCUAAUAUUUAA